UUGACGUUUAGCAAUUUGACAGCACAAACACACAUUCGUGACAUAAUUUUCCUCUUAUUCACGUCUCAACACAUUAAAAAAAAAAAAUAAUAAUAAUCAACAACGAAAAUGAUUGCACCUGAAUAUGGUUCGACAAAUGCUGAUUCAGUGAAUGUUCAUGUAACAGGAGAGAAAAAUCCUCUAAUUAAAAGGCGUAAUCGUUUUUUGCAAAUGUUUCGUAAUUUUACAAGCAAUGAUAAAAUUUCUAAUCAUGCAAGUGAUGGAUAUGUCGAAUUUAGUAGUUUGGGUACAGAAAGUACACGAACUUUGGGAACAUUUGCUGGUGUUUUUAGUCCUGUCACACUUUCAAUGUUCAGUGCCUUAAUUUUUAUUCGAAUGGGAUAUAUUGUGGGAAAUGCAGGACUACUAGUAACUCUCCUUCAAUUUAUAAUAGCUUAUGGAAUUUUAGUAUUUACUGUCUCAUCAGUUUGUGCAAUUUCAACAAAUGGCGCUGUCGAAGGAGGCGGAGCUUACUUUAUGAUAAGUAGAACAUUGGGGCCAGAAUUUGGCGGUUCAAUUGGAACACUUUUUUUCAUGGCAAAUAUUGUAUCGAGUGCAUUAUGUAUAUCAGGAUGUGCUGAAGGUCUUGUGGAAAAUUUUGGACCUUCCGGUUAUCUUGUUGGUAGCGCUGGACUUAUUCCCGAUGGUAGAUGGUGGCGAUUUUUGUAUUGUACAAUAUUAAAUACCUCAAGUUUAUUGGUGUGUCUAAUUGGAGCCGCAAUGUUUGCAAAGACAAGUGUCGCAAUUUUAGCCACCGUUUGCAUUUGUCUUGGAAGUGUUGUCAUUAGUUUUCUCGUUAAGGGGCCAAUGGAGGUAUUAAUACCGGAGGCAAAUAAAUUGGUACGAAAUGAAACGACAAUCGUCAAUGGAAGCUACACGGGUUUACUGUCCUCGACUUUGAUGGAUAAUUUGUACGCAAAUUAUAGCGCCGAUUAUUCAAGUGGCGGUGUAAUGUCCGAUUUUGCAAGUGUAUUUGGUGUUCUUUUCAGUGGAGUUACGGGAAUUAUGGCUGGUGCCAAUAUGAGUGGUGAACUGAAAAAUCCAGGUCACAAUAUUCCAAAAGGAACAUUAUCUGCAGUUUGUUUUACAUUUGUCUGUUAUAUUUUACUAUCCGUACUGACGGCAGCCACAACAAGUCGUUUUUUGUUGCAAAACAAUUUUCUCUACAUGAUGCCAAUUAAUAUAUGGCCACCUUUUGUUGCUGUUGGAAUUCUAACAGCGACAUUUAGCGCGGCUCUUAGUAAUCUCAUUGGUUCAAGUCGAGUUCUCGAGGCUCUUGCAAAAGACAAUAUUUUUGGAUCUGGCCUAAAUUAUGUUACAAAAGGUACAUGGCGAGGAAAUCCACUCGCUGCUGUUUUAACAUCAUGGACAUUGGUUCAAACAAUUUUAUUAAUUGGCUCAUUAAACGUUAUCGCACAAAUUAAUUCCGUUCUAUUUUUACUGAGCUACUUGGCCACAAAUUUGGCCUGUCUUGGUCUAGAGCUCGCAAGUGCACCUAAUUUUCGCCCUACUUUUAAUUUCUUCACAUGGCACACGGCAACAAUUGGCCUAUUUGGAACAUUAAUAAUGAUGUUCACCAUAAACAGUAUUUAUGCAUCGAGUAGCAUUAUCAUUUGUCUUGUAUUGGUGAUUGUUUUACAUUUAUUUUCACCAAGUAAAAAUGCCGCAUGGGGUAGUAUAUCGCAAGCAUUAAUAUUUCAUCAGGUACGAAAAUAUCUUCUAAUGUUGGAUUCACGUAAAGAUCAUGUAAAAUUUUGGCGUCCACAAAUUCUACUUAUGGUAUCGUCGCCACGUUCAUCAUGUCCACUCAUUGAUUUUGUCAAUGAUUUAAAAAAAGGUGGCCUCUAUGUGAUUGGUCAUGUGAAAAUUGGCGAAUUUGCCGCACAAAAUCAAGAUCCAACAAUUGAUGACUAUCCAAAUUGGUUAAGUCUCAUUGAUCAUUUAAAAGUAAAGGCAUUCGUUGAGAUGACAGUGACAAAAACAGUACGCGAGGGACUUCAUCAUCUUUGUCGUAUCUCAGGAAUGGGAGCAAUGAAACCAAAUACAAUUGUUUUGGGAUUUUAUGAUGAUCAUGCGCCACAAGAUUUUUUUAAAACCUCACAAUAUUCAACGACAAAUUUUGAAACUGGCACUUAUGCAAAUGGUUCUGUAUUUCCAUUAAGACAAAGUGGCGCUGAUAAAUCAAUGGACAUUGAACAAUAUGUGGGAAUGUGUUCGGAUGUUUUGAAAAUGAAAAAAAAUUUAUGUCUCUGCAGGAAUUUUCAUAGUCUGGAUAAAUUGCAAUUUGUCAAGAAUUCCAAUUUCAAGUACAUUGACGUGUGGCCAGUGAAUUUUUUCCAACCAACCGAUCAAGAUCCAUUUGAUACGACUUCUCUUUUUAUGUUACAAUUGGCGUGCAUUAUAAAUAUGGUGCCAGUUUGGAAGAAUUUACAUUUGCGUGUCUUCCAUUGUGAGAUUUCGGAUAAUCUCAAUGUUGCUGAAUCGACGAGUUCAAUUGAAGAGGCACCAAAAUGUUCCAAUGAAUUGAAAUUGAAAAAAUUAUUAAACAUGCUACGAAUAUCGGCAUCAAUCACAAAAAUACCAAAUUGGGCGGCACAAGUCGGUGGAUUGAAGGGACGACCUUUAGUUGGUUCCAAGCAAGAUGCUGAAUCAAGUCUUUUUGAAUCUUCCGAUUCUGCUGACGUUGUUCCAAGUAAUGUUUCACGAGCUUAUAUUUUAAAUUGCAAUCAAUUAAUUCAACAACAUUGCUCGCAAACGGCUGCAAUUUUUAUGUAUUUACCUGCGCCACCAAUUUCAAAUACAUGGGGUGGUAAAAAUGUCGUUCAACAACAAUAUUUACAACUUCUCACUGAAUUGACCGCCGAUUUACCGCCAACGAUAUUAGUGCAUGGUGUCAGUGCCGUCACAUCAACGACAUUGUAACGUUACUUUAUUUUUCGAUUAUUCAAAAAUCGAUUUUAGAACUUACAAUUGAAUAUACUAUAUAUUUCUCUAUUAUUUUUAUUUUUUAUUAAUUUUUAUAAUUAUUGCAAAAUAGUGUCAAUUUUACUGUUUUUUGUAAAUAAUUUUUGUGAUAUGAAAAAUCUUUCGAUAUUAAUUAUAGGACUUUAUAAAUUGUCCAUAGGAAUUUUGAAAGUGAUUUCUUUUAUAUUUUUUAAUUGUUUUCUUAAUAAUAAUCAAUUUUUUUUUUUAUUUUCCUUUAUUUUACUAUUAUUAUUAUUAUUAUUUUUAUUUUAUCUAUAGUUAUUAAACAAAUAGUUAUUUUUUAUCAAUAUUAAUUCUAAAUGAGAAAAUUAUCCAAAAAGAGAUCAAUAUAACAAUAGAGAGAAACAAAUAUAAUGUAAGAAAUCGAAAUAAUUGUAAAAAAAAAAAAAAAAAACCUAUUAUAAUAGAAAAAAUCAAUUUGGAGAGAUUUUUAAAGAGAAGAAAUAAUUUUUAUACGCCGAAUAAAAUAGAUAUAAUAAAUAUAUAUAUAUUUAAUUUUAUUUAAAAAAAAAAAGAUGGAAGAAAAAACAUUCGUUAAAUUUUAUCGUGAAUGUGAAAAAUGUAUUAUUAUUAUUAUUAUAUAUAUAUAUUGUGUAUCUGUCUUUUUUAUUGCGUCAUAUGUAUGGAAAAUUCUUAUUGGUGGCAAUAAUUGCAUUUUUAUAUGUCAGACUGAGAAAAUAUAUUUCUAAGAAUUUUCAAAUAUAUUAAUAAACUAUUUACAUAUAUAUAUAUAUUUAACAUU